AGACGUGACGUGGCUCGGCUUCGGUAUCCGAUGAUCUGUCAAAAAUAACCGGAGUUCUCUUUGGUUUGCGAUAUAAAGAGUAGGGCAGUCAGUUGUAUGUCAGCUUAGUCGAUUUGUCAUAAAGAAGUAGCUUGCUAAUUGGACAGCAAUGAGUAAGAGAAAAGCGCCUCAAGAAUCUUUAAACGAGGGAAUUACGGACUUCCUUACAGAAUUAGCCAAUUAUGAAAAAAAUGUGAACAGGGCAAUCCAUAAGUAUAACGCGUACAGGAAGGCUGCCUCCGUGAUCUCCAAAUACCCCCAGAAGAUCAAGAGUGGCACUGAGGCUAAGAAACUGGAUGGGGUCGGAGCGAAGAUUGCGGAAAAGAUUGACGAGUUCCUGGCCACAGGAAAACUGCGGAAGCUGGAAAGGAUCCGCAAUGAUGACACCAGCACCUCCAUCAACCUGCUGACCAGGGUCACAGGCGUUGGCCCUGCAGCCGCUCGCAAGUACGUGGAGGACGGGGUGCAGACGCUGGACGAUCUGAAGAAAAUCCAGCACAAACUUAAUCAUCAUCAACAGAUUGGACUCAAGUACUUUGAGGACUUUGAGAAGAGGAUUCCCCGGGCUGAAAUGAAAGAGAUGGAGUCUCUUAUCCUGAAGGAGCUGAAGAUGGUGGACGCCCAGUACAUCGCUACCGUCUGUGGGAGCUACAGGAGAGGAGCUCAGUCCAGUGGGGAUAUUGACAUCCUGUUGACCCAUCCGGACUUCACCUCCCAGUCUGAGAAGCAGCCCAGACUGCUACACGCUGUCGUGGAUCAUUUUGAGUCAAUGGGCUUCAUCACGGACACACUCUCCAAGGGAGACAGCAAGUAUAUGGGAGUUUGUCAAUUGGCACGUGGAAAGGAGGAAGAGGACUAUCUUUACCGGCGCAUUGAUAUCAGGUUGAUCCCUAAGGAUCAGUACUACUGUGGAGUGCUGUACUUCACUGGAAGCGACAUUUUCAACAAGAGCAUGAGGACUCGGGCCCUGGAGAAGGGUUUCACUCUCAACGAGUACACCAUCCGUCCACUGGGGGUCACCGGCAUCGCAGGGGAGCCUCUGCCCGUGGACUCGGAGAAAGACGUCUUCGACUACAUCCUGUGGAGGUACCGGGAGCCCAAGGACCGCAGCGAGUGAGCGGGGACCACCGCAAGACAGGCACGACACGCUCACAAUCCCCUCCCUCUGUGACAGAAAACACACACGCUCACAAUCCCCUCCCUCUGUGACAGAACACACGCUCACAAUCCCCUCCCUCUGUGACAGAACACACGCUCACAAUCCCCUCCCUCUGUGACAGAACACACGCUCACAAUCCCCUCCCUCUGUGACAGAACACACGCUCACAAUCCCCUCCCUCUGUGACAGAACACACGCUCACAAUCCCCUCCCUCUGUGACAGAACACACGCUCACUCACAAUCCCCUCCCUCUGUGACAGAACACACGCUCACAAUCCCCUCCCUCUGUGACAGAACACACACACGCUCACAAUCCCCUCCCUCUGUGACAGAACACACACACGCUCACAAUCCCCUCCCUCUGUGACAGAACACACACACGCUCACAAUCCCCUCCCUCUGUGACAGAACACACACUCACAAUCCCCUCCCUCUGUGACAGAACACACUCUCACAAUCCCCUCCCUCUGUAACAGAACACACACACGCUCACAAUCCCCUCCCUCUGUGACAGAACACACGCUCACAAUCCCCUCCCUCUGUGACAGAACACACGCUCACAAUCCCCUCCCUCUGUGACAGAACACACACUCACAAUCCCCUCCCUCUGUGACAGAACACACACUCACAAUCCCCUCCCUCUGUGACAGAACACACACUCACAAUCCCCUCCCUCUGUGACAGAACACACACUCACAAUCCCCUCCCUCUGUGACAGAACACACACACGCUCACAAUCCCCUCCCUCUGUGACAGAACACACGCUCACAAUCCCCUCCCUCUGUGAGAGAACACACACUCACUCACAAUCCCCUCCCUCUGUGACAGAACACACACUCACAAUCCCCUCCCUCUGUGACAGAACACACACUCACAAUCCCCUCCCUCUGUGACAGAACACACGCUCACAAUCCCCUCCCUCUGUGACAGAACACACGCUCACAAUCCCCUCCCUCUGUGACAGAACACACGCUCACAAUCCUCUCCCUCUGUGACAGAACACACGCUCACAAUCCCCUCACUUUGUGACAGAACACACACUCACAAUCCUCUCCCUCUGUGACAGAACUCAGUAAGCCAAUAAUAUCCAGUAAAAAUAUCAGUUUUUAACCCUUGUGUUGUCCUCUCCAUAAAUAAGAAAUCGGCCCUACCCUGAGUUUAACAGUACUGAAAAUUUUUCCUCGAGUGACCCUACCACACUACCACUGGAACACAUUAAACGUUGGCUUUUUUAUAUUAUAAAAGUGGUACAACAUCAGGGUACAAAGAUUAUCUUAUGGGUAUUUGUUAACCUUCCAGUUAUGAAAUCAGGAGUCAUCGACAAAGAAAAGCACCAUGGUAAAUAGACGUGUUUAUCCAAAGUGCUCUACAAUUAAUGCCUCUUAUUCACACACUCACACACACUUGGCGAUAGGCUGCCAUGCCAGGCCUGUUGGGAGCAAUUGGGGGUUGGGUGUUUUGCUCAGGGACACUUUGACACAACCAGAGGAGGGGUUCGAACUGGCAUCUCUCUGACUGCUAGACGACUGCUCUUACCCCCCCCCCCCCCCCCCCAUUUUAUUCAAUUCUGGUGCUUCAGCCUAUAAAAAAGUGCUUUACCUGCAAUACUAAAAUAAUACUGUCUGUGCACUGUAAAAUACAGAAUGACGGGUUGUUUCUGCAUGAAAUGUAUUUAUUGUAUUUAUUUCGGGUUUACAGUAAAACUAAAAAUCAUCAAAUAAAGACGUGGUAACAACAAUG